AUGGAUUCCGGCGAUCACCUGCCUCGUGGCGAACAUGAUCGAUCGGCGCUCAACCUCCCACCCGUUUCGAACAAUUUCUCACCGAACAAGGGUGGCUCUAAACCGCACAAGGCCAGUUCGUCACAACUGCUCCCAAAUUCUGAUUUUGUUCCAGUUGGGAAUACUGAUGAUAGAACGGUGGAGCAGACCGCUAAGCAACCAGAACGAACCUAUGCUGCUGCUGUCACUCCUCGACCGCGCAAGCCAGAUGUCCCCGCUCACAGAUUUCAAGCCCUAAACACAAGCAAGAUCAAUGGCGUGGACACGCUCAUGAUACCCAAGGAAUUUUACCAGCAGCGGGUGGCUGACUUUAAGCAUGCUCUUAUUGGAAGAUUGAUACUUCGCAAAGGGAUCAAGCCACGUAUGGCGCACGAGCUAAAGGCGGAACUGCAGCGACUCUGGCAAGUUCCAAAUGAGUGGCAACUAAUAACCAUGGGCAAGGGGUAUUUUACGUUGAAAUUUGGAUCGAUGGAUGAGAAGAAGAUAGUUAAGAAAACUUUGACUCAAGAAAUUUCUGGAGGUCAAUUUAAACUACGUGAAUGGGUUCCAAAGUUUAAUCCUUACAAGGAAGCCUCAGCGUUGGCACAGGUUUGGGUUCGCAUUUAUUACCUUCCCAUCGAGCUUUGGCAUCCGGAAGUUAUUUCCGCAAUUGGUAGGUAUCUCGGAUCUCCUUUAAAAAUUGACGCUUCCUCGGCGGUUGGAGAAGUAGGACAUUACGCGAGGGUUUUGAUUGAAAUUGAUAUGUCUUUACCCCUUCGUGAGUAUGUAAUGAUUGAUGAAGAUGAUAGUUCCUUAUAUGUGGAAUUCAGUUAUGAAAAUCUUCCUGCUUUCUGCACUGUAUGUAAGAUCACAGGGCAUUCGAUUGAUAAAUGUCGUCGAGCAAGGGAUAGAGCGGAGCACGUCAACGCUAAGGGGAAGAAUGACCCACCUAAGCAGGACACGCUAGGAAAUGCUAUCACUAAUAAGGAACAGCAGAAGGUUGUGCAGCAGCAAGGAGCGGCGGCUGCUUGGCAACCAAAAGAAGUUGUGACAGAUCAGCAAUUGCAGGACAUCGCAGAAGAAACGAUUGACGAACGGGAUGCUGGGGAAACUGAAGACACAGGUGACUAUCAACUUGAGUCUAUACAGGAAAUUCGGAAUGAUAUCUCUGGGCCUGAUUUGCUUGGAAAAAUCUUGGUGCCUGCAAAAUAUUCGAAUAAUCACGAAAUUGUAGAUGUGGAAAAUGUCAAUGAACUUGACAAGUCAUCUACUGAAACGCUUACUACAGGAGCGGUGAAUGAUUCUACAAGGGAGAUGAUUGAAGAAGUGCUUACUUUUAAAGAAGGGACGAUACAGGAGACCGAUCUAAAAGCUUUAACGCUUGAGAAUGCCAUGAAGAUUCAGAGACUGGAAUCUUUCUUUAAAGAAAUUCCUAAGGAUGCCAAUCAAGCUGCUGCAAAGCGGGGUCGUGGACGGCCGCCAGGAAGUGGACGUGGGAGAAGCAUUCACACUCCAGCCACGGAUUCUAUUAAGAACAGACUUCGAAAAUCUAUUGAUUUGGGACACCAAGUUCAUGAUUUUGUGGUUGAGCAACCGGAUACGCCGAGUAUACGCACCAUGCAUAAUAUGGCAGCUAAGAGCUGGGCUGCUGAAAUGGAGAUGGGGGACACCCCAUCGCCAGAUUUUUAA